AUGUCAGCAGGAGGACUGACAGUGCUUUACCCAGAGUGGACGUUCAAGGGAACUGCGGUGAGGAAUCACUCUGCCCUUCGCACUGCGCCUGGGCAAAAUGUAGGCUGCAUCGAGCAGGCGGGUUGGGCUGUCAAAAAGAAUACAGGCUUCCUCAGAACCCCUUGUGGUUCUCUUUGCCCUAUGAUGUGGUGCUCCAUUGCCGACCGUGAUCAGCGCGCUCUUGUUCUCCAGUGGGAUGUCAGAUGUGCCGAAACCCAUCUUGCCCAUUUAACAGCAACUCUAAUGAGCAUGCGGUGCACCUCCCUGCUACUGCCCGUGCCAGACAACUUACGAAGCAUACAACUGCAGGAAGAACGAAUCACAGGUCAUAUGCCUCCAUACAAAUCCAAAUGCAUAGGCAUCCUGUACGGCACAAGGGCAAUCUGGCCGCACCUCGUGGUCAUACCCGUGCAUGAUGGGGUGGAAAGUCUCACCCAGAUCUCCCAUCUCGAAGUAAGUCAUUGGGUUGAUUACUUCAGCGGUGAGAACAUCACAUCGGCGACAUCAAGGGGGCGAAAGACAUAUCAUGUAAUGGCUGACGACAUGACACAUGCACCUGCGCGCAGAUAUACCUUCUUUAGGGAGCAUGUAAUGGGAUUCGCUCCGCCUAAUGCAUUAAUUCGCGAGGUUGCUGGCAUUGACGACCACGCGGAGGAUGUCAUGGGCAAUGUGUUAGUGAUCAAGCAUGAAUGGAAGAACAAAGACAAAGUGGUGGAUUGCACCACUAAUGACAUUGAGGACGUCAAUAAUGUUAUUAAAAGAGCCAUUGGGGAAACCAAGUUCUGGACUUGAGAAGAAG